UCGAUUAUAAAGAUAAAAACGGGAGAGAGAGAGAGAGAGAGAGAGAGAGAGAGAGAGAGAGAGAGAGCUUUGAUCUAUCUAUCUAUGGCAGAUGGAAAACCAGACGAGCAGCUCUUCCAGCUUCUUUCAGGUCUUCUCCAACAGGUUGAAUCGUUGACGAACACAGAGGAAGUGGAAUUGCGUUCAAAGAUCGAAGCUCUGGGCUUAGAAGUCACCAAAGUGCCAUCAAAGUCGUCUCAGCCUCUCACUGAGGUGGAGAUUGCUAAUGAGUUGGAUAAGUUAUCAGCCAAGAUUGACGAUGUUGAUGAGAUGAUCUCGUCGGCUCUUGCUUCUGAUCCGCAAGUUCAGUCUCUUCUUAGCGGUACUGCUGAUGUUUGGUUGCCUGUGAUCACUGCCAACUCCGAAGAGAGACUCAACUUCACUGCUUCCAUCGAUGAUGUUGAGGAUAUUACUACCGAUAAGGACAAGAAGAGCAGCUCGUAAUCUUUCUUGCAGAGCAUGUUUGUUAUUGUUAAAACUCAGUGUUGUUCUGUCUUUUUUGGCCUUUACUUUUUUCAGUUCAAUGUGUCAUCUCUCAGAUAUUUGAUGAUAGAGGUUUAUUCAGAUUGAAUACAUACAUCGAAUAAAAAAAGUUGUAAUGCAUUAUUGACAUUUGAUGAUUGUGGAUUAUGCAGAUUGAAUACAACAAAUGUUUAUUUAUUA